ACUAUGAAGUAGACACGCUGUACAUAAUCUCAAUGUGUUUAAAUGUCCAUCUCCUUUUGAACUAACAUGUUUACAUUUAUUGGUUAAAUAAAAGCAAGAUUGUAAACAGAUCAACAGCCUAAAGAAAAACCUUUAAUUACUCAGAAUCAGGAACCAAGUGAGAGAACCGGAGGUAUCAAAAUGUUGCUAAGAAGAUCAUUUUAGUUUCCUUCCAGACACAUAAGCAGCGUAUAUGGGUCAUCCCUUGUCUAAGCUUAUCUCUUCAUUCAAUGGACCUAAAUGUUUCUUUGGAGGAAACAAAAGAUUCACAGCUAAUAUGCAGGAUCCGGUUGCCAGGCGUGUUUUUCUAAAAAAACAAACAAAAAAGAACAGGUACAAAACUCUUGAAUACCUUGUAAUAUAUGCGUCAUUAUCAACGUCCUCAUCUAACAAAGGCAAAGCCCCAUCUCUGUCUCUGAUAGGUCACUUUAACAUGCCCUGAGGGGUGGAGUUACAACCUUUGGGCUUUUUGGUAUUUGCUGAAACAAUAAAGCACCUGUCGUCUCAUCUGAGAGGGAGGAAAAAAAAUAACGUUGAAUUUAAGCCUGAGUCACUGCCCUGAAGUCACUCUGAGAAACAGCAUCACGCAUCUCUGCUUCAGGCACGAAAACACAGACAGCAUGGGGACGUUGCGCUUGCAAAGGAUCAAACUUUUUCUUUUAUUGACCUUUACAGGGGUAUGCACCGCUCAAAAUGACAUCACUCUGUCAGUAUUUACGGUGACAUCAAAGAGCAUGACGGUGCAGUGGAGCGUCCACUCCGGUGCCAGCUCCUACAAGAUCACAGCGACCCCCAAGAACUCUCCCGCGAGGCCGGUCUUCGCCCAAUUCAGCGGCAACACGGUGAUGGGCUCGGUGAACUCGCUGUCACCGAACACAGUGUACACCAUGCAGCUGGAGGCCAUGGACAAUGCGCUCAAUGUCCUCAGCAGCGCAGAGACGGUGGAGACAACAGCUCCCGACGUCCCGAGCAUUGACCAGGCCUACUCCAAAAACAGCGACAGCAUCACUGUUGAGUUUGCAGGAGUUUCGGGGGCAACCAGCUACAUCCUGAGGGCAGAGUCAACGACGGGGGAUUUCUUCUUUGAGACCCCAGCCGCACAGUCCCCGGGCACGGUGGUGGGGCUCCAGCCCUACAACGACUACAUUCUGAGCGUCAUGUCUGUCAACUCCGGAGGAAGGAGCCAGCCUUCAUACCCCAUCAAUGCCAGGACAGUUGUCGUUGCCCCCAAGUUGAACACGUCCUCCCCCACCAAUGACUCCAUCCUUGUGACCUGGCCCCCGGUGGAGCACGCAACCCUCUACACACUGAUUAUGAUCAGAGAAGGCUCCAGCACCCGCCUCAUACUUAACACCACUGACACCACGAUGACGUUUGACAAACUCGAACCAGGAAUUUCCUACUGUAUCAAGGGCAUGGCUUGGGACGCUGAGGGUCGGACCGGUGAUGACCUCACUGUCUGCCAGAUCACCCGUCCUCCGAGCCCAGAUGUAACCCAAGUCCAGCUGACUCCGGGUCGAUCUCUUGGAAUCGCUGUUUACUGGAUGACGGUGCAGGGGGCUACCAGCUACUUGGUCCUGGCCUCAAAUGGCCAAUACUGUAACACGAGUGACAGUUACUGCUUCAUCUCACCUCAGGAGUGUGGUCAGAACCGCUCUGUCUCCGUUACAGCCUUCAAUGAUGCUGGACCCAGUAGCCCCUCACAAUCAGUCGGCUACAUUACAUACCCAUGUCCCCCAGAGAACAUCUGGGUGGAGGAGCCCACUGCCGGGAACUGCUCGGUGGUGUGGGAGCAGGUGCCCCUGGUGGAGUACUACGUGGCUUUCAUAAAGAGGGAUGAUGGGACAGAGAAGUCCUGCAACACCACAAAGACCACCUGCCAGUUCUUCUGCAUGUGUGGCUACACGUAUCUCACCAGCGUGUUCCCCUACAACCAGGCCGGCACCAGCCUCUUCGCAGAUGUCCGCAACUACACAACCAUACCUUGUUGUCCAGAGGAUGUAACUGUGAAGCUGGUGUCCACAGAGACACUCGAGAUCAUGUGGUCCCCAGUCAAGGGGGCCGAGUUGUACGAGACCACAGCAGCUCAGACCAACGAUGUCCUGCACUGCAACGACACGUCGCCAGUGUGUGCUCUCUCAGACCUGACGUGCAAUUCCCUCUACUCUGUGACUGUGACCCCCUGCAGCGAGUUACGAGGGUGCAACUACACUUGCAGACCAUACAGACAGGAGACAGCUCCUUGUGCUCCAGAGAUCCUGAAUAUGAUACAGACCACCAACUCCACAUACAAAGUCCUGAUAUCCACCCCAAACUCCCCCAAUACAAACUACACCAUCAGUGCUACUGGACGCUACGACAGAUACACCUGCCAGUCGAGAAAUAACUCCUGUGAACUCGCGCAGCUGCCCUGUGGCACAAUCUACGAAGUCACAGCUGUGGCCUCCACAGCAGUCGGAAGAAGUCUGCCUGGAUACAGCAAAACUCUGGAAACAGGUCCUUGCUGCCCAUCGACUGUAGACGUCACCCAGGUUACCCAGGCUAUGACCAACCUGACCUGGUUGCCUGGAACCGGCGCCGGCUCCUACAUAGCCACCCUGACGUCCCCACGCGGGGAAGCCAAAUGUCACACUCUGGACACUCACUGCCUGAUGGGCUGCAUCACUUGUGGCACCAACUACAGCGUCCAACUGGACGCCAUCAGCAGCACGGGACAGAAGUCUCAGUGCCAAUAUCGAGGAUUCUCAUCCAGUGCGUGUUGUCCAACAGGCGUCAAGCUGUAUCGCCGCACCAACAAUUCGCUCAGGGUGUACUGGCGUUCUUCAAACCCUCAGGCUUAUAACCAUACAGUAGAGCUUUACGGCACUGGGGCCAACUACACCUGCUUUGCUGCUGCAGGCAGCAUGUACUGCGACAUCCAGGAGGGAACCUGCGGGGACGUCUACACGGUAGUCGUAGCACCAGUGGGAAAGUCCGGGGCAAAAGUGACCUUCUGCCUACCCAGGACGUAUUCAGUUCUCUGUCCAGGAAGUAAUGCUGGAAUGGUUAUCUCGCGAAGAAGACGAAGUGUAAAGUAGCGGUGGGAGGAUCGUCUACCAUCAUUACAAUGUGGACAAAAAGCUUUGUUUACACUAGUGAGGAUUGAAAAGAUUCAUAAAGAAUAUUACGGCUUGUUUAAAAUCUCAGAGAAAUUGUUUAUAAGAUAAAAAUCCAUAUAGAAAUAAUUAACUAUAAGUACAAUUACACCAAAGCCAUACAACACAAAAUGUCUGAUAGCUUUGGGGGAAAAAUCAACUGUGAAAUUGUUUUUUGAAAAUUCCUUUUUUAUUAUAGUUUUGGUGAUUUAGAAGAAAUGGCCACUUAUGUAACCUUUACACAUUGGAGCUGUAAUGUUUCACAAAAUAAAAAAAUUAAUAAAUAACUGAGACAUGUAAUUAUGUGAAGUAAAAAAAAUUUUUUAAAUCCCAAACUGGAAAGAAUAAGACUGCCCCAACUCAUACAGAAGUAUUAAGUGCUUCUUUCUACUGUUAUUCUAACAAUUUGAUUGAAUUCAUCAUUUAUGUAAUGACUAAAACACAAAUAAAAUGAUAAGCUAGGACCUCUCCAAGUAGAAGGCCUCCACACGGUUGCAUAUCACGUUACUCCUAGUUGGUUGGUUUCCUGAACGCGAAACUGGGACAGAUGACAUCAAUCCCAUCCGCUCGGAGUCAUGCGUGCACAGUCGUGUGGAUGAUACAUCUGAUCAAAUUCCUGGAGACAGAGUCAGUGUUAACUUUGCUUUCACUGAAUGUUUGUGCUUGUUUGACAGAUGAAAACAAUAAAGUACAUUUUUUGCAUCCAAAAA